AAAACCUCGGGGGGACUCGCGGGUCUAAGCCGCCCGAGUCCCCGCGAGGCGGCGGCAGGAGUAGCUGGGUUAGGCUUAAACAUUAACGCCCUCCUGUCGAAUUGAGAAGGCGGGGCUCCGAAGAAGGCCGAACACGGUGCGGGGACCGGACAGGAGGGCAAAGGAGCAGGUCGAGUUUGGAGCGCGCGACCUGGAGCGCGCCGGAGCAACCGGAGGGAAGUUUUUGGCUGCGCCGAAGCUCGGAAGCUUCGCAAGUGCUUUGUCCGCCGCCGCCUUUGGUGCGGUUCCGAUAAGGACAUAUUGCAGUCCUGUGUUGAUGUUGAAUUGACCUCAGUUCUGGGUAAUGGAUGGACAAAAUGAAGUAGACUUUUCCAAUAACAACAUUACACCAUUGUGGAAGAGAAGAUCAGCGCAUCGUGGGCAUUUGUAUACCAAGAACAAAACUAGACCACAGUCCUAUCAGAGUUCCACUGGGGUCCUCUUCACAGAUUUUCCUGUGGAAGACAAAGACACAUUCACUUUAAUGCAACCUGAUGAAACAAUUACUUCUCCAGACAGCAAAUCUAUUCAAAGACGUCCCUUGCUUUUGACCUGUAAAAGUAUGCCAAACGGAAAGGUUCAGUUUCCAGAACACAGAAUCUUAUCUUCUACACUUUCUGAUCAGACCCCACAAAUCUUGAAAAUGGUUUCAAAUAACUCUAUAAACUUUAAGUCUAGUGGUUCUAUAGAUUCAGCAAGCAGUAAAUCAACUUACGCAAGGAAGGCCUCUAAGCAAGCAUCACUUAGUCCUGAAAAGGAACGUAUUGUUUUCACAUCAAGCCUUGGAGUGUCGCCACCAGAAAUUGGGCAUUUGCCAAACAAUAACACAACCAUUGCCUUAGCAUUACAAUCCAGUCAACCUCCUAAAUAUUUAGAAAAUGAACCUGUUUGCCUGCAUGCUCCCCCAGACAUUCCACAUUUGCCUCUGCAAAGAAUACCAUCAAAUCGGAACGACCAAUCUGAUAGGCCAUCUGUGACUCUGAGCACCAAUAGUCUUGCUGCAUUAAAAGUGGGGAAACAGCAGCUCAUCCCUAAGAGCUUAGCUUCUGAAACGAGAGUGAUUGGCAAAGCUAAUGGUCAGAAUUCAGAGCCAAACAGCAGGGUACUUAAGGUACGCAGCAUGGUGGAGACACUUGAUGUUCCUUUGGUAGCCAGUGAAGAUGAUGAAGCAGAAGGGGAUGUGGAAAGCCCAGGGAUGCUAAAACGUAGCUUGAGGUCUACUUCAUACCGACGAGCUGUUGUGAGUGGUAUUGACUUUGAUGGUAUUGCCAAUAUUAAAAUGAAAAACAAACUCUGUCAGCCAGGGCUGAAGGCAGUCAUAGAAGAUAAAGAGAAAUUCUCUAGUUUAGGAAGAAUAAAGAAGAAAAUGCUAAAAGGACAAGGAACAUUUGAUGGACAAGAAAAUGCAGUGUUGUAUCAGAAUUACAAAGAAAAAGCUUUGGAUAUAGAUUCCGAUGAAGAUGUAGAAUCAAAAGAACACAAGUCAGAUGAAAAAAUAGUUAUUCAAUACAAACCUCUAAGAUCAACAUGGAGUCAACUGUCUGCAGUGAAGAGGAAUGGCUUAUCUCAGACCAUCAGCCAAGAAGAAAGAAAAAGGCAAGAGGCUAUAUUUGAAGUCAUCUCUUCGGAACAUUCAUAUCUUCUCAGUCUAGAAAUUCUGAUUCGGAUGUUUAAAAAUUCCAAAGAACUGAGUUCCACAAUGACAAAGACAGAAAGCCAUCAUCUUUUCUCCAAUAUUGCGGAUGUGUGUGAAGCUAGCAAGAAGUUCUUCACAGAGCUUGAGGAAAGGCAUCGAAGUAACAUCUUCAUAGAUGAUAUCAGUGAUAUUGUAGAAAAGCAUACUACAUCAACUUUUGAUCCUUAUAUAAAAUAUUGCACAAAUGAAGUCUAUCAACAGCGGACGCUUCAAAAACUGUUAGCUACCAAUCCAUCCUUCAAGGAAGUAUUAUCGCGGAUUGAAACUCAAGAAGAGUGUAGGAAUUUACCAAUGAUCUCCUUCCUCAUUCUCCCAAUGCAAAGGGUUACUCGGCUUCCACUGUUGAUGGAUUUGGUUCGUCUGUGCAAUGAAGGUGCUCGAAAAAUGGAAAGGACAGAAAUGAUGUAUACCAUCAACUCCCAGUUGGAAUUUAAAAUCAAGCCCUUUCCACUGGUUUCUUCUUCACGAUGGUUAGUGAAACGGGGUGAAUUGGCAGCAUUUGUUGAAGACACUGGACUUUUUUCUAAAAGGACUUCUAAGCAACAUGUAUACUUCUUCCUCUUUAAUGAUGUCCUCAUUAUCACAAAAAAGAAAAGUGACGAGAGCUACAAUGUUACAGAUUACUCCUUAAGGGAUCAGUUACUAGUUGAGCAGUGUGACAAUGAAGAACAGAAUUCCUCUCCAGUAAAAAGUAGCACACCAAUGCUUUACUCUCGGCAGAGUUCUGCCAAUCACCUCUUCAAAUUAACUGUCCUGAGUAACCAUGCAGGAGAGAAGAUUGAACUGCUUUUGGGAACCGAAACUCAGAAUGAGAGGGCUCGCUGGAUUACUGCACUUGGACAAAGCAAUGAUAGAAGAAGCAAGGACAGGACAACAUUGACUCAGGUAGAAGUUAUCAGGUCAUACACUGCCAAGCAACCUGAUGAAUUAUCCCUCCAGGCUGCUGAUGUAGUUCUUGUUGAUCAAAAAGUCCAAGAUGGUUGGUAUGAAGGAGAACGAUUGCGUGAUGGAGAAAGAGGCUGGUUUCCAAUGGAAUGUGCCAAGGAGAUCACAUGUCAAGCCACAAUUGACAAAAACAUGGAAAGAAUGGGACGUUUGCUAGGCCUAGAAACUAACGUAUAAAGUUGUCUCUAAUAUACGUACUCUAGAAUUUGCACUAAAGUCAAUGGCAUUUUGGUUCCUUCCCCCUCGCCCCAUUUUAUCUUGGUAGCAGAAUAGAUCUAUGAAGAUGGAUUUUUAAGAAUGGAAGAAAUUAACCCAAUUCAAGGCAGAUAAGGGUUCUUCUGAAUCAAUUUCUACACAAUAAACUUCGUUUUUAAAAUUUUCUAAAAUAAAUGUUGAUUUAUUGAUA